AUGUCUCUCAUCUCAGCACUCCACACUCCACAUCCUCUAGCCAUGGGUAAACCAACCGUCUUCCAGCAAUGGUCCGCCUUCAUCCUAUCGCGUCGUCCCUGGCAGAUCAAACUCUCCAGCGACUCUCCAUCCUACACGCUCCCCGCACACACCCUCAUAAACACCGAACUCACACUGGACCCCUGCCCUCGUACCGCCCGUCGGCAAUAUUUGGGGCACCCGCAUCAGCCCGCCGGAAACACGAGACCCCGCAAGUCUGGAGGAGCGCAUGAGAAACCUCAAAAUGAUCAUGGAGGGACUGAAGUAGCGGUUCGAAGUCUAGCAGAAAGUGGUGGUGGAGGAUAUCAGGGCGGUCGGGAAAGGUGGGAGGACGGGAGUUUGAGGGGGCAGUUUGAGGAGCCGGUGGCUUGGCUUGCUGUGUUAAUCUUGAGGAGUGACGCGAGGACAGAAGGUGUUGAGAAGGUGGUGCAGUGGAUCGAGGGGAACGGGGCUUAUGGGACAUUGGGCGAGGAAGAAGUCGAGGAGGAACGGAAGGAUGUAGAGUCGGAGUAUGGGUGGAUCGAUGAGGAUGUAGAGGAGAAGACCGAGGAAAUUGAAGAUCUGACCAAUUUGCUUGUGCCAGAAACGGGAUUUAGUGGGAAUUGCCGCUUCGGUAUGAUGGUGCCGCAUGGGCAGGACUUACAAGAGUAG